AUGAGGAAGUUUUUGGUUCCUAGAACAAGUAUUGAGAAAGUGAAUGUUAAGCAACCGGAAGUCGAAGUAGAAGAAACACCCCCUAAUGUGGCCAACGAGUUUAAUCCAAAUGAGAUUGUGCGUGAUCUAGGAUGUAGGAAACAAAUUCAUGAGUAUGCUCCGGAUAUUCAAGACCAAGUGAGGAGGGCAUAUAUAUUGAAUGGUCCAACGCAACCUGAUUUAGCAAGAUUUCCUCGUACUCAGUUUGGGAAGUAUUCAAGAGCAUUUUGUAAAGCAUGGUAUAAGAAUUAUACAUGGAUUGAAUACAGCUUUAAAGAUCAUAUUGGUAGUCAUGAUAGUAAGCACAACUCAUGUGUGAAGCACUAUGAUGAUUAUAAUAAUCAAAGACAAAGUGUGACAAGUAUCUUUGCUAGAGCAACUAGGGAAUCAGAAGAAUUGUAUAAGAUCCGUUUAACUUGUUCUUUAGAUUGUACUAGAUAUCUCUUAGCACAAGGCAUUGCUUUUCGUGGCCAUGAUGAAAGCUCUACUUCUCUAAACAAGGGAAAUUUUAGAGAGAUGGUGGAUUGGGUAAAAUCUAAUGAUGAAAAAGUAAGAGAUGCUUUUGAUCGUGGUCCAAAAAAUUGCACUAUGACUUCCGGUGACAUUCAAAAGGAGCUUGCAACGUGUUGUGCACAUGAAGUUACCAAGGUGAUUAUGGAAGAGCUUGGUGAUAGACAAUUCUCUGUGCUUAUUGAUGAGUCACGUGAUAUAUCUGUCAAAGAACAAAUGGCGGUGAUGUUGAGGUUCUUGAACGACAAAGGGAAAGUUGUGGAACGACUUAUUGCUCUACAUCAUGUCAAAUAUACUACAUCUGAGGCACUAAAGGAUGCUCUUUAUGGUAUUCUCGAUCGUCAUACGUUAUCUAUUUCAAGGAUACAGGGGCAAGGAUAUGAUGGGGCUUCAAAUAUGAGAGGUGAGUUUAAUGGUUUACAAAGAAAGAUUCUAGAUGAAAACCCUUAUGCUUUCUAUGUCCAUUGUUAUGCUCACCGUUUGCAGUUGGUGGUUGUGUCCGUUGCUAGUAGUUGCUCAUCUAUUCAUGAUUUCUUUGAGUACAUCUCCUUGAUUGUAACCACAAUAAGUGCAUCUUGCAAGAGAAAGGAUGCUUUGAAGGAGGCACAACACCAAGAUAUUUUGAAUAAACUUGAGAGUGGUGAGAUAUCUCAAGGAAAGGGCUUGCACCAAUCAUCUAGUCUCGCUAGACCCGGAGAUACUAGAUGGGGUUCACAUUAUACUACCUUGAUUCGUUUGUACCAGAUGUGGUCCUCCGUGUUAGAGGUGCUUAGUAUUAUUGAUGAAGAUGGGCGUGGACCAUCUCAAGCGGCGGUUGAUGAUGUUAAAGCUCGAUUGGCUAUAUUGAGAGAGAGUGGUUGGAAUGAUUUAUUUAGUGAUGUCCAAGAAUUUUGUUUUGCUCAAAGUAUUCCGGUGCCAAAUAUGGAUGAAGAAAUACCGGUACGGGGACGUUCAAGAAAAGAAGGGAGGACUGUCACUAAUCUUCACCAUUACCGUGCAGAGAUUUUUUAUGUUGCUAUUGACAAAAUGUGUGUGGAGAUGGAUCACCGGUUUUGUGAAGGAAGUAACGUUGUGAUGGAUUGCUUCUCAUGUCUUGACCCCAAGAACUCUUUUUCCAAGUUUGAUGUUGAUAAGCUUGCUCGUCUUGCUAAUAUUUAUCUUGCAGACUUUUCUGAUGAUGACCGUGGAACAAUAAGGGAGCAACUUGAGACUUAUGCACAUCAAGUAAAAAGGCACGCUUCUUUUACUUCUUGUGAAGAUGUUCAAAGUUUGGCUAUGAAGAUGGUUCAAACUGAGAAAUAUUUGGUAUUUCCAUUGGUUUAA